UGCGACUGCUGGAUCUACGAAGCCGGUCCAGGCAGAUGGUUUUGAAAGUUAAACUCGUCGUUUCCCUCUUCUCUUUGUUAAAAAGUCUGAUAGCGCUCGUCUCGACCCGGGCUUUGGAAUUCACUAUUUUCUUGCCUUUGAUGUCAUGAAUAACACUCGAGAUACAACGGUUAACACAAACUACAUUUGACGGAAUCAUGACAUUGCAUUGCAUUUAGAAAGACUGCGAAUCGCCUGGCUUAAGCUUCUGAAUUUUCGUCAUAUCUUAACUUAAAAAAGCCCACAUCCGAUAUUCAUAUAUUCCGCUUUCCCAACGGCUUUCCCCAUUUCAACAACCCGCAAUACUUUCGGAUAACACUACUCUCUCGCACCUUCUGACCAACCAUGGUUGUCUUUAGAAAGCUUUUUCUAGCGGAGAAAUAUCCGCUGCAGACUCCUGGUCAAGGAGCUGCAACGUGUGACGUUGGUCUUAGUACAACUGACAGUCACUACUCCGAGCUACACGACACACAGACUUGCCCUCUAUCACCUCACAAUAAGAUUGUCAAAUCCUCAGAUUCGCAAUUAGAAGUGGACCGCCACUUCGAGAGAAUUGAAAAGCAGCUCCAGGAGUUGCAGGGCAAUCUGCAAAAACGUCCUAUGUCUCCAAAACGCCCUCUUUCUCCCAAAUCCCAAGUGCCUUCUCGUGCCCCGAGUCAACGCACAACACAACAAAGUCCUCGACAUGUCGACCUCUUAGAAGCAGUUGCUUCUUCACAGCGGCAGCAAGCACAGCAACCGGGCCAAACGUCACCGCUGUCCCCAUAUAACGAAGACGUCGCGGAACGGAACAUGACGCGGUUUCUACAACAACAGAAACCUCCUCGCAAGCGAAGCAUCUACUCCCGCUUUAUUUCGGUUCUUUCUCAGGAUGAUGUGACAGACGGGAAUGGUGAAAAGAACAAAGACGAUUUCCGUCCUCGGUCUCGAGCCACAAGCAUGCGAUUUCGGAACGUUUCGGGUGGCUCUGCCAAACCCAACGCAAAGGGCCACAAGCGUGCCAGCAGUGGUCGUUCAGGUAUCGGACUAAAGGAGAACAAGACCGCGAAUCCGAGCGUACAGGAAGUUUCCCAGCCUGUCACAUCCCCUAGAGAAACCCAGACACGUGACAGACCUCGUCUACGGACUCAAAGGUCAGCACCGAAUUUGACAACUGAACAGCUUGGCUCGCCGCCCAAGGGACCUGCUCCUAGUCCUGCUGGACACCUGAGCGUUCCUCCAGCUCAUAAGCAAGGUGAUAGCUGGAGCAACACACCCAUCCCAGACAGCCCAACACUGCCGACCCCAGCGAAAAGCGUGAAGAAACCGAGUCCGGACCGGGAGACACCAUCCACGAUGGACCGAUGCCCAUCAACGACAUCCCGCAACUAUUCUCUACCAGCUCGCCCUACGCCUUCGCGAAAGAACACUUUGAAUCUCUCAAUUGACACCAAUUUGGCCACUCGAGGGAAACAGGGCAAAGCCUCGCACCGGGCCAUCCAACCACCAACCCCCAGCAGCUGCGAUAUGAAAUGCAACCCCAGCAUUGCUGAGGUCAUGAACAGCCCUUUGCCAUCAGCUACACCUACCUCUUUGUCUCCUCUCUCUUCUGCGAACCCGAAGGUUGCGGAGAUUAUGGACAUGUUCAGACAAGCAUACACCUCCACCAAAGCUAUCAGCCCUCACCCGACCUUUGAAACAUUGCAGGAUGCAAUUGUUCGCGAGAUCAACUUCCACGAAGCUUUUCAACGCGUUCCUGUUCCCGAACAGGGACCAGCUUUCACUCCCUCCCCAAGACGUGAAUCGUUCGACCGAGCGCCUAAGCCUCCCAAGACUGCUGCUUCCGGAAAGGACAGCCAAUUCUCUAAAUUCAAACCGGCUUCCUUCAUGAAGCACCGCAGAAGCUCUGCCGCGCGCACGAGUAUUUCCACGAGCGUCCCUUCGAAGGUUAUGGGUCGGGUUUCUACAUCUGGUAGCCGACGCAGACACACCGACGCUCCACCACCAUCUCCUUCCCUCCUCGAUACCCCAGACCUACCCCAGGAACUCAGCAAUGAAAUGCCUCCGGUCUAUACAGACAUCCCUCUCCGAUCUCAAACCACUUCCCCUGGCGUUUCUAACAAGAAGCGUUCAGUUUCCAUAUCCAAGGACCUGGCUCCCUCCCAAUCAGUGAACACGCUCUCUUCAUACGGAUCGUCGUCCAACACAGCGCCUUCUGUUUACUGCCUCCGCGCACAAACAUCCGCAUCUUCCAACGAAGAACGAAACAGUAACUUUUCCGACGAUGGCGACGGCGAUGACGAUGUCCUUCACCUUCCUAGUCCUGGUUUUGUGGAGCCCCAUCAGAAGAAAUAUGGCGCGGCUUCGGGCAAUGCGUACAGAAUGAUGAAUUGGCAAACGUCGUCUACUCGGAAUGUCAUCUCUCCCUGCUCGUCUAACAGAGGAUACUGGGCUCGUGAGAUGCAUUCCGUGGAGACUUAUUGAUUCAUGGACUGGGUAGAACCGGUUCGACUUUAUUUUGACAUGUUUACACAUGCAAACACACUCUCUAUCUCUCCGUCUUUCUUUUUUCAUUUUAUGUUUUUGCAUAUGCUUACAAGCGCCCUUUGCUUCCCCUUUUGCAUCUAUACACGGACUUUAUUCCUUUCCUUUUUGUUUCUGCAUUACAUUGCAUACCAUUCUACUUGAUUUUUCAUAUCCCAUCUCAAAACUAUCAUCAAUCAUUCACGAGACUUACUCUCCUUUUCCUUUCAAAUUGUUACCAUGCUGCCUUCAGCGUGUCAUCAUUUCUAUUUUGUAUAUAUACUUGCAUAUCUGGCUACUCAUCCCAGUGUGAUCUGCAUCUACAUCAAGACUACAAAAAGGAUAAAAAUUUACAACCAUUAUACUUAAGAAAGUUGGUCACAGUCU